AUGAAAUUGCCCUUUCUACGUAUCCUAGAAAAGAACUAUGGCCUGUUUUCUAAGCUCUUAGUCACACUGUCAAGACGUCGAAAAGCGGGUCACGAUGAUUCGAGUUGUGGAUACGCGCUUAUCAAGCUCGUGGAAGAGCGCACCGUCCGCCAAUUUGCCGCCUUGUGCCUCACCGAGCGCGCAAGCGUGGUGAUCACCAUGAUCGCUCCUGGCCUGUGCCGGACUGGUCUCGCCCACGAUGCCCGGAUCUUCACCCGAGACUAUGCACGCCGUGAUGGGGCCAUGAUGGCGCAAACGGCCGAGGAAGGCAGGCGCGCCAUCCCACACGGACUGAUGGUGUGGCCAUGGCAAAGUCUUGUCGGACGGCGAGCUCCAAGAAUUAAGGGUAUUUCCAUACCCGCUCGCUUUGACUGCGUAUCAGCGUCCAUUUCACUUCAGCGCUUUGGCUUCUCAAUGGCAGAGAUCUCGCUGAAACACGAAGCGGAAAUUGGUCGUCGACCGUUCGAAAAUUCCAUUGUGGUUGGUUUCACUAGGAUACCACCAGAGUUGCCUCGUUCUGUUCGGGUCCAGCGUCGGCUUUGUAGUUGCGGUGAAAUGCUAAUACCGAGAGGGUGCAGCCAGGGACAGUGGGGGCGCUUCGUUUGGCUAUUGCCAUGGACUCUCGCCCGCACAUACGAAGAGCUCAAACUGGAAUCUAAGCAGUACUUCGCUGGUGGGAGCACAAGAGCAUCGACGGCCCCACUUCCGUUUGGAGGAGAACGAGGAAGCUUUGCGUGGUUUUGCUCUCUCGCGGAGUUGAAGGUGAAGGAUGGUCUUGACCUGUUGGACCGAGAGGCCAUCGAGUCCGGGGCUGAUCCACCUCAUGUGGCCCGACAAACAUAG